AUGAAGCGCAGCACAAAAGUCUUCUCUCGUUCCUUACCCACCUCGAUAAUCAUAACUGGGUUGCUAUGCCUAUUCACAGUUCUUUUCUUAUUAGCCUUACUCAAAGUUCCAGAAUUCAGACAAAUAGUUAGAAGGCCAUCUAGUUUGAACAGAGUAUUGGACUAUAAUUCUAAUGCAAAUGGUCUCAAUUCAUCGUUUCCAACAUUUCUUCUGAGAACAGAUGAGAAUACAUUUGUGGAUUCUCAAGGCAGCCAGAUCUUCAUCAAUUGUAGCUGCCCACAAGUAGAUCAGAACUGUACAAAGGAUAUUAAGGAGAAUGUCACUGCAGCCAUUGAAGUUGAUAAGGGCAAUGGCUCAAAGACUGGCUGUGAGCUCAAGAUUCUGAUUGGAGUCCUAACGAGGGCAGAUCUGUAUGAAAGAAGACAUUUUCUUUGUAUGGUUUAUGGAAUCCAAUCCACUGUCCAUGCAAAAGUAGACGUCAGAUUUGUGUUCUGCAAUCUGACAAAGGAUGAUCAAAGAAUCCUUGUGCCUCCAGAGAUAAUGGCCUAUAAUGAUAUCAUAAUAUUGAACUGUGAAGAGAACAUGAAUGAAGGUAAGACUUAUACUUAUUUUUCUAGUCUGCCAAAAAUGGGAUUGCAAUAUGACUAUGUUAUGAAGGUAGAUGAUGAUAUUUAUUUUAGGAUCGAUAAGUUGGCUGAGUCACUGAAGCCUUUGCCAAGGAUUUACACUUACAAUGGUUUUGUUAUACCCUGUGACAAAAUGGAUACUUUUGACAAGUAUAUGUCUGGUAUGGGAUAUGCCCUCUCAUGGGAUUUGGUGAAAUGGAUUGAGGAAUCUCCUAUUGCUAAGAAUAAUACAAUGGGGCCAGAGGAUCUGAUGGUAGGGAAACGGUUAGAUGAAGGGAAGAAAGCUAAGAACAGAUUUAACAAUAAGCCUGCCAUGUAUGACUUUCCUCUCUCUAACGGCAAGUGUUCUCAUGAAUUGGUUCCUGAUACCAUUUCUGUACACAAGCUUAAGAACAGAGAAAGGUGGUUUUCUGUUCUCACCUAUGUUAAUUUUACAUCUGCCCUCAAGGAAUCGAAGUUGUAUCAUCUAUACUAG